AUGGCUCCCCUCAAGACAGGCGACUCUUUCCCCAGCGGCGUUUCGUUCCAGUACAUCCCGUGGGCGGAGGAUAAGAGCGACGUCACCGCUUGCGGUAUCCCGAUCAAAUACGACGCAUCCAAGGAGUGGGCGGACAAGAAGGUCGUGCUCUUCUCGGUUCCUGGCGCGUUCACUCCCACCUGCUCCGUGAACCACCUCCCCGGCUACAUCCAGAACCUCCCGCAAUUAAAGGAAAAGGGCGCCCAGAUUGUCGCCGUCGUCGCUUCGAAUGACCCCUUUGUGAUGAGUGCUUGGGGAAAGGCGAACCAAGUGACUGGUGAUGACAUUCUGUUCCUAUCGGACCCCGACGCGAAGUUCUCAGAGUCCAUCGGCUGGGCGAGCGGUGGUCGUACUGGGCGCUAUGCAGUUAUCAUUGACCACGGAAAGGUUACAUACGCGGAUAUUGAGACCAAGAAGGGUGCUGUUGAGGUUUCUGGUGCGGAUGCGGUUUUGGCUCACCUGUGA